AAACGAAUACAAUAUUUCUGAGUUGUGAUUGGGCGAGAGAACUAAGGGGCGGGGCGCUGCCUUGCUAUCACAGAGGCGCACUGUACGAGAAAGCGGACGUCGUUCAACACUACAGCGUACUGAAUUUUAAAAACAACAACAACGGGAGGAUGGACUUUAGUUUACGUGAUGCCUUCACAGAAGGGGCGGCUAAGGCGGCCCAGGACAGCCUGCUGAAGAGAGAUUUUGUGGCCGGGUUAGAGGCACAGACCUUCGACGAUAAAGUUGGCGAGACUGUUGGGAAGACAGAGUAUCGCCCCCUCUUGGAUGGAAUCGAUGGAAAGAGGGAAAUGCCUGGGUUCAUGUCUGGAGGUCUUCGUCAGGACCCUCAGGGAGAGAUCCGCCCCAGUUCACCUGGACAGUAUGUCUACAAGAAUGACUUUCAGUCAGGCCCAACAUCAAUGACUGGAAUGGGACACCAACAGAUGGGAUCUACAAUGAAGGAUAACAGCAUGGACUCCUUUUUGGGGUUUUCCCAGCCUGUGAUGAGUAUGGGUAUGAAAAUGAAUGUUGGCAUGGCCCCUUUCCAGAGCUCCAAAUCCCCUAACAUGUGCGACCCUCAGAAGACUUCGCCCUUGUUUGCCAAUGAACCGCCCAAACCAUCUCAGAUAACUUCUAAUCCAAGGAACACAAGUCCUCGUAACAGCCAGGAGAAUUCUGCAGAAGUUUGGGGAAAUCCACGGACAGGUGGUGAGGAAAUGCUCUCUACGGAGCACUUCCAUGCCCUCAGCAAGGCCGAACAGAGUUCCACCUAUCCCUUGGGUUCCCAGAGUCAAGAUGCAGCGUCCGGGGAGGAGAAGUCUAUCGAGGAGGGAACCGAGCAGCAGCAAAAGCGAAAAAAGAAGAAACGCAAGAAUAGGGAAGAAAUGUAUGACCUUCUCGACAGCCUCGGUUCCCCUGAUUCUGAAGACACUCCAUCGGAAAGCUCCAACCAUGGCUGUCCCUCACCCCCCAGCAGGGAGGGAGAGAUUUGGGAAAGCGAGAUUCAAGAGAGAGGGGGUGGAUGCAUCAAGGCCAAGAAGGGCAAGAGCAGGAUGAGGCUUCCCGAAGAGUGGGGUGCUCCUUUGGGAAAUAGCAACGUUUCUGGGUCCUCUCACCCGAAUACGUCAAGCAUAAUGGACAUGGACUUUAGCGGCCCUAAUUUGGGUGAUUCCAAGACCUCUUUCACACCUGACACCCAAGCAAGCAAACCCCAAUCAACUGGUCAUGUAGAUGACACCACUCAUGUAGAUGAUAAAGAUACAUCUAAAUUGGCACUGGCUGGUUUUCACCACUCCGAUCAGUCACCCAUUGUGUCAACCAUCACCCUUAGCCCAACACACACCGUCAUGUUGCUUGACUCAGUGCUACAGGAACAGACCCCAGAUGCCAGCCCCCUGAGCACGCCCGUGAAAACCCCUUUCCCUCACAUCACUGCCCUCGAGUCUGGUACUGGUUCACUGAACAUUGGCACAGGCAGUCCUGCGUCACAGAGCACACCCGCCGCUAGUCACUUCUCCCCAAGCACUGCGGUAAACUUAAACCCAGAGGCUCGGCCUUUCGUCCCCUCACUCUCAGAGCAUCAGGAGCCCCCGCUGGCACAGCCCCCCCUACUGGAAGUGAAAGAAGACAAGACAGCCAAGGAGAAAAUGGCAAACGUUGACAACAUCAACAUUAUUGAGAAGCAAGAUAAGCCCGAGAAGAUGGAGAAGAUCGAUCAACUGGAGAAGAACAAUGAGAGCACAAAGAAAACAGACAAUGUGGAAAAAACUCAGAAGAGUGAGCAGAUCAUCAAAGAUGAGAAGAAAGCCCAGAAAGAGGAGAAACAGGAUAAGGCUGAGAAAAAUGAGAAGGUAGACAAACCUGAGAAGACAAACAAGGAGAAAGAGGAAAAGAAGAAGAAUGGAGAGAAGGUGGACAAGACAGCCAAAACUGAGAAGAACGUCACGGCUUCUAAAGGACCUGCCAAGUCCCCAACAGCCAAUGGAAGCAAGGAGGUGACCAGCCCUGACCGUAAAGCUAAGCCUUCAGUUGGGUCAACCAAACAGAGCUCAGCAAGACCAAACUCGCUGUCCACUGGAGACAGUGCUGGUGCCACCAAACGCAUCUCACCCACAACCAACUCUGCUAAUAAAAAAAGUCCUGUGCCCAAGGCAACAACCCCCACUACUGGCACCAAGAAACCCCCCACCUCCACAUCUAAUGUAGAGACUAAGGCCAAGUCUGCUGAAAGUGGCACAGCAACCCAGCGUCGCCCUCCAGUGCCAAAGGCUAAAGCUGCAUCUGGCUCCAGCUCUAAAAAUGGCACCAGCGCCCCAGCAUCUACCCCCCCUGCUCAACGCUCUUCUGCUUCAAAGACUGAAAACCAGGCAGGAGAGGUGAAAAAGACAAGUACAAAGACAACACCAGCCAAAACUACGCCGAAGUCAGCCCGCACACCACCGUCUGCUAACACUGAGGCCACCAAUGGGACCUUGACCCCUCGUCCCUCCCGCAUCACCAAACCUCCUGUGCCCAAGCAGACUCCCUUGGAGAGGAAGCCCCCUGUGCCUCGAGCCCCCCGGAAUGUCCGUCCCACCAAUGCACCCAUGCCUGAUCUGAAAAACGUACGCUCUAAGAUCGGUUCCACAGAUAACAUGAAAUACCAGCCUGGUGGGGGCAAGGUCUCUGCAGCCCAGGGCAAGACCGAUCCUCUGCCAAAGACCAACCAGGGCAAAGUUCAGAUAGUCCACAAAAAACUGGACUUCAGCCAUGUCACCUCCCGAUGUGGCUCCAAGGACAAUAUCAAACAUGUCCCUGGUGGAGGGAAUGUUCAGAUUUUAAAGAAAAAGGUUGACUUGAGCAAAGUGACCUCAAAAUGUGGAUCCAAGGACAACAUAAAACACAAGCCAGGGGGUGGUGAUGUGAAGAUUGAAUCCCAUAAGAUCAACAUCAAUGCCAAGGCUAAAGUGGGAUCACUGGAAAAUGUAGGCCACGAACCAGGAGGUGGAAAUAUCAAGGCUGAGGGGGUUCAGCAGAAAUCUGAGGGAAGCCCAUCUCCUCCUGCUGUCUCACCACCCUCUCAGGUAGGCAGUGGGGCAAAGGAGAACGGGCUGAAAGAGAGCUCUCCUGCUCCUGCUCCCGCACCCUCUUUGGGAGACGGGCCCCGGGACUCCCAGGUCCUGGACAAACACAUCCCGGGGACAAAUUGAGUCUUACAAGCUGAACUUUCGCGAGAAAGCACGAGCUCGCACGGACCACGGCGCAAAAAUCAUCUCCUGGUCCCCCCUGAGUGGCAGCCACCCCCACCCACAUCGCAGCACCUCUCUCAGUGUUUCUCUGGGGUCCGCCAUGUCCUCACACUCAACCCAGCUUGUUCCAUUCACUCAACCAUGAGACGGGUGCAAACCUGUACACUAGCAGGAGAGGGACUGUCCCUAAACCUUUCCCUUUAAAAUCUGUUUUCUCAUUAUUUUAAUCAUUAGCUUCGUCUCUUUUACAGUUUUACUUUGUUUUCCCGCUGGGCGAGCACCCAUGAGAUCGUGUGAGAAAGUACAAGGCUCUGUCUUACUUUACAGUGCACCUGUUUGAGGCUGAAUCUAGAUUUGAGAAGUCUUCAGAUAGUUUGGAGAUCACGUUAAAAUGCCGGUGUCAAGCCAGUUCCUAAUGUAACUUUGUUAGGACCACACCAGAGUAUUUCUUUCUAGACUACUAGACAGUGUUAUCCCUGACAAGUACCUACUGUAUAUUUCAAAGCGACACCCUCUUCUUCCCUUGUUUUGUUUGGCAGUAGACGUCCUCCAAUGGGAACCCCAGAAUUCACACGAGAUGUAGCUUAUUACAUCGUAUUAUAGCAGUUAAGCUCCUUGUAUUGUUUGUAUGUGGGGCCGUCUUCAUGCCUAGUGAAAUGAAUCAGCCACCAUCCACUCCCUUUGCUUCACUCUCUGUCCUCCUCACCUAAACGAUAAACCCUGCCCCAGUAUUUAAAACAGCAUUUACUCAUUUUAAACGUAUAGGGUGUUUAAACAAUAGCAUAUUUACAUCUUCAAUAAUUUUACUGUAUCGUGUUUGCGUAAAAUAUUGUAAAAAUGAGCUGCAUCAUGAUGUCUAACCAUCUGGUCACAUCUUCCUCUUUCCAUUUCAAACCUUCUUGUGAGCUGAUAGGACACAACAUCCGCUUGCAUAGCAAACAUAUACAGCAGCAUGAUACAGUAAGAGAAGGCAACAGCACACAAACUCAACAGACAGGAUGGAGAGAUGUCGAGAGAGGAAUAAAGACAAAGAUGGAAGGUGUGGUACUGUAACACGCAACAUUAGAAACAAAGUUAGUACCUCAAAUCAAGACAGGAGAAAACUUGCACUGAACAAAUGAACUGGUGCAAGGGAUACGAUAUAAAAGUACUAUAACGGUAGCAGAAUUCGAUACAGUCCCUAUUGUUUUUGCAACGGAAAUUGAUGGAUUGUUGUAUAGAAAUGACUCUUUAAUUAAUCAUAGUUAAAAAUAGUUUCUGGAUUUAAUACCAAGUGAUAUGUUACCAUAAAUUAUUGAGUUUUUUUAUUCAUACCUGUCUGCGUGUGGCUGCUUCUGUGACACUGUUUAAAGUUUUUAGGGUGAAUUUGUGAAUUUGAAUUUGGCACUUUAUUGGUAGUUCUGUUACUCUAGAUAUGCAUAAAGCCUGCGGAAAACACAAACAAAAUGCUGCUUUUGGUCAUAAGGUUAUGUACACAGGGUUUGGUUCAACUUAAUGUUGUGAAAUAUUGUUAAAAUUGAUCAAAUGUAUCUUCCGUGGUAUUUUGACCGUGAUGUCAUAGUAUACAACAUCGUAGACAUCAAAGAAAAUCCGAGAGGCCCACCAGGAAGUAUUAUAUUAUGCAAACAUCCUAUAAAAUAUUGAACUGGUAAGCAUUAAAAAUGCACUUUAUGAUUAUGUUUUAUACUGCAAAGGUAAUGAAUUGACUGAUAGAGCACAUUUUCCUAAAUUUGUUCCCCUGAAAAAUGAAAAAGCCCCGGCGACUCAAAUGUGCAAGACAUGUACCUACAGUAUAUAUUAUAGAGUAGUCUGUAAAUACAGUAUGUAUGAGUGUGUUUAGUGUAGAGAAAUUCCGCUUGACCAAAUGGUCCUGUCUGUACUUACAGUACCUUGUGAUUGUGUUAUACUCUUGAUACAGUGAUCAUAACAUCUCAUGCCUUCGCUCAGCUCUGUUUUGUCUAUCAGUCAUUUCCAUUAAGAAUGAACAUUAACACGUUAGUACACUUCUCACAUCCCUGCACUAAUUCGCUUAAAAUAGUUUUGUAAAUACACGUUCCACUGUUUAUUUCCCACUGGGGGAAGACACUUGAUUGGGUUGUAUAAAGAAGCAAAGUAAAGAUUUCGCACCUAUACAGUAUUUUAAUCUUAAGUGAGUCUGCCUUUUUACAAAGGGCUGGCAAAUAGAAUGUUUUUAAAAUGAAUCCAGGAAGCAAAGAAUAUUUAUUAUGCAUCUAACUUUUUUGCUUGUCGUCACAAGUCACUAAAUGUCAUGUAAUCAAUAGGAGGAGGAGUGUGAUCGAUUUUGACUGAGGAAAGAAAAACCUAAAAGACCCUGAAGAUUCAUGAAUGUCCUUUGGUGCAGAUGUAGCACAGCAUUCUGGUAAUGCGACUGGCCUAGGACAAGAGGGGGCAGGUCGGGGGGUUAGAGGUGAUCAGAAAGAAUGGGUACAAUGAUUCCUCCCACACCUGACACAUAGACCCUGAAUGUUGUUUGUUUCGCACAUCUGUACCAGACUUACUCUGACUAGUAGGAUAAUUGGCAUGUUUAAAAGAGUAGAUUUAAAGUUUAGGCAGUAAAAGAGCCCUCUAGUGUGUCUGGUAGGAAUUACAGUGUGUGUACAUGCAGUGAACAGUGGACUAUAGACAGUAGUCUAAACUGAGAUGUAUUUUUUGGUAUGAAAGAGAUAUUCAUUGUGAUUAAUGUUAACUAGUGAUGUGAAUAUUUAAUCAUAAAUAAAAAAGAUACAAC